AUGGCUUUUCCGGUCCAGUUUCUCUGCAGGACACUCCGGAAUGUGGGACUGGUUCUCCUCUAUUAUGUCUUCUCCAUAGGCAUCACCUUCUAUAACAAAUGGCUAAUGAAGGGCUUCCACUAUCCGCUUUUCAUGACGUUAGUCCACCUGGCUCUCACCUUCUGCCUGUCAGCGCUGACCCGGCGCGCCAUGCAGUGCUGGACAGGGAAGAAUCGUGUGAUUCUGACCUGGACAGAAUACCUCCACAAAGUGGCUCCCACAGCCUUGGCAACAACACUGGACAUUGGACUCUCCAACUGGAGCUUUCUUUUCAUCACCAUUAGUUUGUACACCAUGACCAAGUCCUCUGCAGUACUCUUUAUCCUCUUUUUCUCUCUGGUUUUAAAACUGGAAGAACCGAACCCAUUCCUGAUCCUGGUGGUGCUGCUGAUUGCUAGUGGCUUGUUCAUGUUUACCUUCCAAUCAACCCAGUUCAACCUUGAGGGCUUCCUCAUGGUGCUGCUGGCAUCCUUCAUUGGCGGGAUCCGCUGGACCCUUACUCAGGUGCUGAUGCAGAAAGCGGAGCUAGGCCUCCAGAACCCGGUGGAUGCAAUGUACCACCUCCAGCCUCUCAUGUUUCUUGGACUCUUUCCUCUCUUCCUAUAUAAUGAAGGCUUGAGCCUCAGCAACUCUGACAAGUUAUUCCGGGUGACAGAGCUCUCGCCCCUCUUGUAUUCCGUUUUCUCACUAUGCAUUGGAGGGAUCCUAGCUUUUGGUCUUGGCUUUUCAGAGUUCCUACUAGUCUCCCGAACUUCCAGUCUCACCUUAUCCAUUUCAGGGAUCUUUAAGGAAAUAUGCACACUGGUUCUGGCCGCAUUGCUGAUGGGAGAUAAAAUGAGCAUCCUCAACUGGCUUGGCUUCACCGUAUGUCUGUGCGGCAUUGCAUUGCACGUCGGACUCAAAAUCUAUUAUUCGAAAAAUAAGAGUGCAUCCUUGCGGCAGCUGAACAGUAAGAGCCCAGAGCUUGAGUUGCCCUUGCUGCGAAAUAACGAAGACUCCGCUGCUGAGAAUGAGGAAGAAAUCACCCUGCACUGA